AUGUACAACACCGUUCUUGCUGUCGUCGGCGCCGCCGUCGCCAUCUCCUACCUUACGCUCUCUUACCCCAAAUUACGGCAAGAAUGGCAACUCCGCAGGCACCGCUCCGAACUACCCCCAGGCCCCAAGACUCUCAAAGUCGGGAUCCGCAAACCGUGGCUAUGGUUCCAUGAGCUCACAAAAGAAUACGGAGACGUCGUCUACCUCCAAAUGGGGCCGACCCCGACCAUCAUCCUCGGUUCUGCUCAGGCGGCAUGGGAUCUCUUGGAGAAGAGGGGCGCCAUCUACUCGUCGAGACCCCGCUUUGUCAUGGGCGGCGAGCUGCUGUCCAAUGGCCUCCGGGGUCUCAUGGCCCCCUACGGACCUUUUUGGCGUCGGUGGCGCAAACUCUUGCACAGCGGAUUCAUGCAGCGACGCAGCGAGACGUACAGGCCUCUCCAGAGCCUUGAGUCCAAGGUCUUGAUGAAUGAUUUGCUCGAUACCCCUGCGGACUAUAGGCGACACCUUGAGCGGUACGCUGCGUCGGUCAUUGUCACUGUCACGUACGGACGACGAGUCGAGGAUGUGACCUCCGAUAUUGUCGUUCGUCGCAAUGCCGAGUCCAUGGAGCGACUAGUCCAAUCCAAUAUCCCCGGUAAAUUCGCUGUCGAGCGCUACCCAGCACUUAAGCACGUCCCAGGCUACCUCGCGCCCUGGAAAGCCGAGGUGCUCGCGCAGCGACAGAAGGAUAUUCAGCUGUACACUGAGCUCAUGAAUGAAGUUAAGGACAAAGUAUCCAGGGGCGUCGCUCCCGAAUGCUUCGCCACUCAUCUGCUCGAGCAACAAGAGAGUCUUGGCAUGUCUGAUCUUGAAAUCGCGUACACUGCUGGUUCUCCGUUCGGCGCUGGUGUCGAGACUUCUGCCGGCUCUCUCGCAAGCUUCCUCCUUGCUUGUGUCAAGUUCGGUCCCCGAUUCAUCCCCAAGGCCCAGGAGGAGCUCGACAGAGUUGUCGGCAGUGAUCGUCUCCCGACGUUCGACGACCUUCACGACCUGGAGUAUAUCCGUGCUAUUGCUGCCGAGACUCUGCGCUGGCGACCCGUCGCCGUUCUCGGCGGUACCCCACACGCGAGCACCGCUGACGAUUACUACCGGGGCAUGUUCAUACCCAAGGGAAGCACCAUCAUUGCUCCGCUUUGGAGCCUGCACUUGAAUGAGGCCGAUUUCCCCGAGCCCCACGAGUUCAAGCCCGAGCGAUUCAUGGAGAAACGCGAGUACCCCGGUCCUUGGGGCCACAGCGCUUUCGGCUGGGGCCGCCGUGUCUGCCCUGGAAUGCACCUCGGUUCUGCUUCCGUCACGAUUAACAUUGCCCGCAUUCUCUGGGCUUUCAAUGUCCAGGCCGCGAAGAACCAAAAGGGUGAAGACAUUGAUGUGGAUAUCUUCGCUUAUACCGACGGGUUCAACUCGGUCCCGCUGCCGUUCUCCUGUGACAUCAUCCCUCGCUCGGAGAAGCAUGCGGAGGUCAUCAGGAAGGAGUGUGUUGAGGCCUUAGAGCAACUCCAAACUUACACCGCGGUUACAAGCAACAUUUCUUAA